CGCUUGCAGUCAGUGUACACCCAGCCUGCGCUGCACCGCUCUGCCUCUCGCUGGUCUCUCUCUGAGUAACAGUGUUCGCCUGACUCAGUCUCGUACCGACUCAAACACCAUCCAGCAACUGAUCGGAGAGCAGCACAUGUGGCUCGCUGAAGAGACUGAUGCCCAUGGUUCGCAGGAUAGUGGUCCAUUUGGAGCAACUUAUUUCUCAUCCAAACAGAGCAGAGAACUCGCUAACGGGGUCUCCAAUCACUUUGAUCUCCUCUUAUAAAUAAACACAAUCUUGGGACACGUUUAACCGGACAGGUGCCGCAGGAAUUAGACCACACAUCCACCACACAAAACUAACAACAGCAAUGCCUUUUGGCUGUAUAACGCUUGGUGACAAAAAGGAUUAUAAUAACCCUUCGGACGUCACAGACAAAUAUGAUCUGGGACAAACAGUCAAAACGGAGGAAUUCUGCGAAAUAUUCCGAGCAAAAGAAAAAUCUACUGGCAAAAUGUACACUUGCAAGAAGUUUUUAAAGAAAGAUGGAAGAAAAGUUCGGAAGGCUGCAAAGAACGAAAUCAUGAUUUUAAACAUGGUGAAGCAUCCAAACAUAUUACAGCUGGUGGACGUCUUUGAAACACGCAAGGAAUAUUUCAUUUUCCUGGAACUUGCCACAGGCCGAGAGGUGUUCGACUGGAUCCUGGACCAAGGUUACUAUUCUGAGAGAGACACCAGCAAUGUGAUCAGACAAGUAUUGGAGGCUGUGGCCUAUCUACAUUCCCUCAAAAUCGUGCACAGAAAUCUUAAGCUGGAGAACUUAGUUUACUUUAAUCGUCUAAAAAAUUCCAAGAUUGUCAUAAGCGAUUUUCACCUGGCCAAACUGGAGAAUGGGCUGAUUAAGGAACCUUGUGGAACACCAGAGUAUCUUGCUCCAGAGGUUGUUGGACGACAGAAAUAUGGACGACCAGUUGACUGCUGGGCCAUUGGAGUGAUCAUGUAUAUACUGUUAUCAGGGAACCCACCUUUUUAUGAUGAAAAUGAUGAUGAAGAUUAUGAAAACCAUGACAAGAACUUAUUCCGAAAAAUUCUAGCUGGGGACUAUGAAUUUGAUUCUCCAUACUGGGAUGACAUUUCAGAAGCUGCAAAAGAUCUGGUGAGUCGCUUGAUGGAGGUUGACCAGGACACAAGGAUAACAGCUCAAGAAGCCAUAAACCAUGAAUGGAUUUCAGGAAACGCAGCUUCAGACAAGAACAUCAAGGAUGGUGUCUGUGCUCAAAUUGAAAAAAAUUUUGCCAAAGCGAAAUGGAAGGUACUUGAAAAAGCAGUGAGAGUAACGACAAUAAUGAAACGCCUGCGGGCGCCUGAGCAAAGUGAGACCGCCAACAAAUCACCGACAGCGGUGCCCACUCCAUCAGGCGAAGCCGAGAACAAGUCAGCGAGUGACAGCGCGGCUUCACCCAGCCAGACGGACAACUCUGCGAAGGUCGGCGUGACAGCUGAGGCCUCCCCCCGGUGUAAUGGAGAGGCGGUCAGCCCCCACAAACCCGCCGCCGAAGCAUGGGAAGGACAAAAUGGCUGAAACCGUCACCACCCACAGAGAGAACUUAUUGUACAGAAUUUUAAAAAAAAGUUUCACAUUUUUAAAAGUUAUAGAAGUGGCAGGCAUGGUCAAACGGAUCAUACACAUUAACAAGAAAAUUAAAUAAAUUGAAGCAUUAUUCAGAUAUGAUAAUUGCCGUAGUUAGUUCCAGCGAGGCAUGUGUUAAAAAGUGUGUGAGGUUUUGAAGCAAUAAUUGGCAUGUGUGAAUACUGUCUUUACUUAAAGUGAAUCUAGGAUGAGCAACUUGGAGGGAGUGCUGUAGCCAAAGCUUAAAUCUGCCUGACAUCUUUUCUUUUGCCCACAGUGUAUCCACAUAGUACACAUCUAGGCUAUUAUUCUUUUCAAUCAUUUUACUUAGGGGAAAAAAAAUCUAUUUUAAUUCCAGUUUUUGUUUAAAAUCACAGAUUUUA